CCAAGUUCCAGGGGCUUGCACGAGGAUCACAAUGUCACCAUUGGGGGUGCAUUUACAUGUUGAAGAUCGUCAUGUGGUAAUGGACAAUGGCAUUCUACAAGUGACUUUAUCGAAUCCAGAGGGAAUUGUUACAGGAAUUCGAUACGGUGCCGUUGACAACUUGCUUGAAGUUAAUAACGACGAAUCUAAUAGAGGGUACUGGGACCUUGUUUGGAACACACCAGGAACUACUGGUAUAUUUGAUGUAAUCAAAGGAACAAGUUUAAAGGUUAUAGUUGAAAAUGAAGAACAGGUUGAGCUCUCUUUCACAAGAAGCUGGGAUCCUUCGAUGGAGGGCAAGGUUGUCCCAUUAAAUAUUGACAAAAGGUUUAUAUUGCUCCGUGGUUCGUCUGGAUUUUACUCUUACGCUAUUUACGAGCACCUCCAGGACUGGCCUGCAUUCAACCUCGGUGAAACCAGGAUUGCCUUCAAGCUCAGAAAAGACAAGUUUCACUAUAUGGCUAUGGCGGACAACAGGCAAAGAUACAUGCCCCUCCCGGAUGACAGAUUGCCUACAAGAGGCCAAGCCCUGGCCUACCCAGAGGCAGUCCUACUUGUGAACCCAGUGGAGCCAGAGUUAAAAGGAGAGGUGGAUGACAAGUACCAAUACUCGAAUGACAACCAAAACAUUCGGGUACACGGGUGGAUCUCUACCGACCCACCCGUCGGAUUCUGGCAAAUCACACCUAGCAACGAGUUCCGAUCUGGUGGUCCCUGCAAACAGAACCUAACAUCACAUGUGGGCCCCACCACCCUUGCUAUGUUCCUUAGUGCACAUUAUUCCGGAGACGAUCUGGUCCCGAAAUUCGGAGCUGGUGAGCAAUGGAAAAAAGUUUUCGGCCCGGUUUUUAUGUACGUUAAUUCUGUAUAUGAUGGAGAGUCAGAAGACCCACUAGUUCAGCUUUGGGAGGAUGCCAAAAUACAGAUGCUGAUUGAAGUCCAAAGCUGGCCCUAUAGCUUCCCUGCGUCGGAGGAUUUUCCCAAGUCAGACCAACGGGGUAACGUUAGUGGUAGGCUUCUAGUCCGAGACAGGUAUGUUAGCGAUGACUAUAUAUCCGCAAAUGGUGCUUAUGUUGGCUUGGCGCCUCCUGGAGACGUUGGAUCAUGGCAAAGAGAAUGCAAGGACUACCAAUUUUGGAGCAAAGCAGAGGAGGAUGGGUAUUUUUCCAUUAAUGAUAUACGUACUGGGGAUUAUAAUCUUUAUGCAUGGAUCCCAGGUUUUAUCGGGGACUACAAAUAUGAUGUUAUUAUUAGCAUAACCGAAGGUUAUGAUAUUGAAGUAGGUGAUCUUGUUUAUGAGCCUCCAAGAGAUGGCCCCACGCUGUGGGAAAUAGGCAUUCCUGAUCGUUCAGCCGCUGAGUUUUAUGUCCCUGAUCCAAAUCCAAAGUAUAUCAAUAAACUCUUCGUCAAUCAUCCUGACAGGUUUAGGCAGUAUGGCUUGUGGGAAAGAUACGCAGAACUGUAUCCUGAUAACGACUUGGUUUACACAGUUGGCGUUAGCGACUACACUAAAGAUUGGUUUUAUGCUCAGGUUACCAGGAAGAAAAAAGACAGUAAUACAUAUCAAGGAACAACAUGGCAAAUCAAAUUUAAGCUGGACAAUGUGGAUAGUAAUGCUACUUAUAAACUGCGAGUGGCAAUUGCAUCUGCCACUCUUUCUGAAUUGCAGGUUCGGGUCAACGACCCAAAAGCAAAUCCUCCCCUAUUUUCAAGCGGAUCGAUAGGGAGGGAUAACUCCAUUGCCAGACAUGGAAUCCACGGGCUCUAUUGGCUUUUCAACGUGAACGUGCCUGGCGCUCGUCUUGUCGAAGGGGAUAAUAUCGUCUUUUUGACACAACCAAGAAGCUCAAGCCCUUUCCAAGGGAUUAUGUAUGAUUAUCUCCGUUUAGAAGGUCCACCAUCUUCUGGUUCCCAACUUCCCACAAAGAAAACAAUAAUUAAUUACAAUGUUUAAUUAGAUAUUUGAUGCGUUAUGUUAUAGAUGUUGUUAUCCUAUGUCAAAUUUGUCACUGA